GUUCCAAAUGUUCCAAAUUCUCUAGUUCUAGUUCUUUUUUCUGAUAAUACAUUACUUCAAUUCUCCAAUUUCGAUACUGUUACCAACGACUUGCAGGGUUGAAGGUUCGAGCAGAUAUUAUUUAUAUGCGCAUGGUUGAAGAUGAUUGGCCGCUGGCGCCCAUCACUACGACAUCGCUAUUGUGCUAACAUACAAUAUCUACCUGAAGUCGGGCCAGCAGCGACGUCUAGCCCACCAUAUUCAUCUCCAACAUCAUGACGCGAAGGAUAGUGCGCACCAUAUCCCAGCUAACCGCUGCAGCACUUUUCGCAUUCGUUAUAAUUUUCUUCCUCGAUCGGAAUUUCCGGCUUCUUCCCAAUGCCGUCCACGAGUAUAUGCCACAACAUCAUCAUGGACAAGUCGUUACCGAUAUAACAAUUACUCAAUGCUCCAAAAUCAAUCUACUUUCCUCCUGCAAGCUCGACCCCGAAUCCUGGCACAGAGUGGAGAAGAACCUCUAUCUGGGCAAAUCGUGGGUCUCUAGCGCCUACCUUCAUGUCCAGAGGAAGAAAGAGGAGGAGCUUACUGUCGCCGACAAGGUUGUCAUAGGUGUCACUGUUAGUCGACAGGAUCCUUCGACCGGUACUAAGGGAAAUCCUGAUGAAAAAUGGGAGGCUCGUGCAGCUGGGUUGUGGGUGUUGCGAUCAUCCAAGCCGACAGCGAGCGAUUCUAAGAAGGCCGUCACUGCAGUCGAUGUCCUCUUUGGAGACGAUGCCGUGGAAGCUCGAAGUGGGUGGCAGUUCCAGAACAUGCCACUGUUGCUCGAUGCUGGCACAGACAUACCAACCGCUCAUAUUACAAUUCGGCAAGGAAACCUGAUUGAACCUGUAAAACCUCAACCGCGUGUGAAUGAUAAUGGAAAAUUCAAGAUAAUGCAGUUGGCAGAUCUGCACUUAAGCACCGGCGUUGGCCAUUGCAGAGAUGCAGUUCCCGACGAAUAUGAAGGAGGGGUUUGCCAUGCUGAUCUGCGGACCCUCGACUUCGUGUCCAAGUUAUUGGACGAGGAGAAGCCGGAUCUGGUCGUCCUUAGUGGUGACCAGGUAAAUGGAGACACUGCACCCGAUGCGCAAUCAGCGAUCUUCAAAUAUGCACAUUUACUCAUUAAGCAUAAGGUUCCUUACGUAUCCAUAUUUGGAAAUCAUGACGAUGAAGGGGCGCUGUCUAGAGCCUCCCAAAUGGCAUUGAUUGAGCAACUACCAUAUUCGCUAUCUGUAGCUGGACCAGACGACAUUGAUGGAGUUGGCAAUUACUACAUUGAGGUGCUGGCACAGGGCACCUCAAAGCAUUCUGCACUAACAAUAUACAUGCUUGAUUCACACUCGUACUCUCCAGAUGAGCGACAGUGGAGUGGCUAUGACUGGAUCAAGAAGAACCAGAUCGACUGGUUUAGACAGACAUCGGAAGGUCUGAAGAAAAAACAUAAAGAGUACACCCACAUACAUAUGGAUCUCGCUUUCAUCCACAUACCACUACCGGAAUAUAGGGAUGUGGAGUCUAUCCGUGUAGGUGAAUUAAGGGAGGGUGUCACUGCCCCUAAGUACAAUUCGGGAUUCCGCGAUGCCUUAGUUGAACAAGGUAUUGUGAUGCUUAGCUGUGGACAUGACCAUGCCAAUGAGUAUUGCAUGCUUUCAGCGGAUGAGGAGACGAAGAAGCCUGAGCUGUGGAUGUGUUACGGUGGUGGUGCUGGUUUUGGAGGUUACGGUGGAUAUGGCGGCUACGUCCGGCGAAUUCGGUUCUUCGACAUCGACAUGAACGAAGCCCGAAUUACAACUUAUAAGCGACUUGAAUAUGGUGAUACUGCGGCCCGAAUCGACAAGCAAAUAAUUGUCGAUGGAGGAAGCGUUAAGCCUCCCAGGGAAGAGAACUGAUAGAAAACCACCAUUUCGAAACCUGAUGGAUUAUUCCUUCGGAAAUUUUCCUCUACUCAAAAAAAGAUACCAUGACGCUUUACGAGCUCUACUUGCUACGGGAAGUCUGGAUUCCCCUCUGAUCUAUCGUUUUACCACUUUGGAUUGGGAUGAUAUUUUUGUGACGAUCUGAAUCCGCGACGGCGGAAAUGAUGACGUAGGCACGACUACAACAAAAGAACCGAAAAAGGCGUUUUUGGAGCUGCGAUAGA